GUUGACGUACGCGCGAGCCGAUGGCGCGGGCCUGGGCCGGCUUCUCCGAGGAGGAGCUGCGCAGGCUGAGGCAGCACAAAGAUCCAUUUGAACCACCCGAGCGGCAGCGGCAUCUCCCGGUGAACAAAAGUCGCCAACGGCUGCAACGAGAAAAGGCCCUACAGCAGCAGCAGCAGAAAUCUGGGCUCCAAGAUGGGCCGACGGCAGUUCUGCCAGAACAGCUACUUUCCCCACCUCAACAGAAGCCUCGCCCUCAGCAGCCACCGACGUCACCCCCUCCGCCUCCGGAUGGAGAGCCACGGCACCAGACGGUUGGAAAUCAUCGAAGAGAUCCCGGACUUGAGAAUUCCCAGGAUAGCCACAGAAAAGUUGAGGAUAUCAUUCCAAAACCAAACUGCAAAUUGGAAAAAAAGAAAGUGGAAUUGCAGGAAAAAUCUCACUGGGAAGUCCUCCAGCAGGAGCAGCGGCUAAUGGAAGAGAAAAAUAAACGUAAGAAAGCACUUCUGGCCAAAGCUAUUGCUGAGAGAUCGAGAAGAACUCAGGCAGAAACGGUGAAACUAAAGAGAAUCCAGAAGGAGUUACAGGCUCUAGAUGACAUGGUGUCAGCGGACAUUGGAAUCCUGAGGAACCGAAUUGAUCAGGCCAGCAUGGACUAUUCGUAUGCUCGGAAGCGAUUCGAUAAGGCAGAAGCGGAGUACGUCACUGCAAAACUAGAUCUCCAGCGGAAGAACGAGCUCAAGGAACACCUCACAGAGCACCUCUGUACCAUCAUUCAACAGAAUGAGCUCCGCAAGGCCAAGAAGCUGGAAGAGUUAAUGCGGCAACUGGAAGUGGAAGCCGACGAGGAAAGUCUAGAGCUCGAGAUUGAGGUGGAGAAGUUACUGCAGCAGCAAGACAUAGAAGGAGAGAAGCGAGCGGCUACCUCAGAGGCCACCACCACCUCGCAGGACCCAACUCUCAGUUCAGCAGCAAAGGAAAAGGAGCCUGUCCAUCCUGCUGCCCCCCAACAACUAAAGGAACAGUCUGAGAAAUCGGUGGCAAUUCUCUCCCCGGCCCAAGCAGCCAGCGUCAGGUAGUUGAGAUGGCCCCAGACAAAAUCCCAACCGAUCCCGUGACGUGAAUCUCUAAUAUCGUUUUCCCUUCUGUUCAACUGGCGGCGUGUGGGGUACGGGUCUUCCCGCCAAAGUUUGAACCCCAACUCUCUACAACUCUGAAAACGUGACCUUCGGUCAGUCACUAGUAUUUAUGGAGCACCUCCCCUGUGCAGAGCAUUCUACCAAGUGCUUCGGAGAACACCACAGAAAAUAAAGGCUAGCUUCAAAUUGCUCUUUUUGAAAAACUAUUAUAUUGUUGUAUUUAAGUGCUUCCUAUUAUUCAAGCAUUGUUCUAACCACUGGGGUAGAUACAAGUUAGUCAGGGCAGGCACAGUUCCUGUUCCAAAUAGUCUAGGAGGUAGGACAGGUACUGAAUCCCCAUUUUACACGUGACAAAACUGAGGCACAGAAAACUUCCCCAAUUUAACAAAAGCCACCCAGCAGGCAGGUAGCGGAGUCAGGAUUAGAACCCGGGUCCUCUGCCUCCCAGGCCUGUGCUCUUUCCAUUAGGCCAUGCUGUUCCUCAUCUUUUAUGUUUCAAAAAAAGAAUUGCAGUGGACUUUACCAACAGAAAGUCUUGGAAAAUAACGGAGGUCGGUUUGGUCAGGGACCGUGUCUGACCUGAUUAACUCGCAUAUGCCCCAAGUGCUUAGAAAAGUGCUCGUAAUAUAGUAAGUGCUUAACGAGGAUAAUAAUUUUUUUUGUCAAUUUUUGAAAUACCUACACUAUGUUGUGUUUUUUAGAAUAUACUACAUUUAAGAUGGUAAGCUAUUGUUAAAAGAAAGAACUGCAUGAUCAGUCCUGCCAAAUGUCUUAAUUAGUUGAAAAAUGGAAAGCUAAUGUAUAAGAAAAGAAAGUAGAUAUUGGAAAACUAUCCAUUCAAUUGAUUAAUGCUGUUUUUGAUCAUUAAAAAGGUAAUGUGCUUCUUUUCUGAACCUCUUUGUAAAUUAUUGUAUAUUAAAAAUGUUUUCAUUGCUGAAAUCAGGAUUUAUAUAAUAGGUUUAUUAAUCACAGUCAGUAAAAUUACUUUCCUAAUUCAAUCAUCUAGGUAUUCGUAUAAAGCGGUUAAGUCAGAUGCUCUUAUUUUAGUACUAAAAAGGCACAGGUUGUAUGACUUAACUUGGCAUUUCCAAUAUUCUAAGAAACCAGGCUUCUUUUUAAGCGUGUUAUAAGGAGCAUAAUUAUUUGAAACCCUUUCAGCCUUGAAAGGACAAGUGUAAUACAGAGUGUAUUAUUUCUCAGAAGACACUGAGGGCAAUCCCAUGCAAAAUUAUAUUUUUAUUCCAUCCAAUUUUAGUGAAAUUUCUAACUGUUGUUACUUUCUUUAGCUGUACUUUAAAUAGCCAUGUAGUUAAAUGAUAGAAAUUGUAUUUGAGCGGUAGGCAUAAAAAGAAUGCUUCAUCCUCCAUGUUACUGUUUUGUUUUUGUAAAAAAAUAAACAGGGUAGAUGCAGUUUC